AUGGGUCUCAUUAUCCACCACCUGCAAGUGUCGCAAUCGGAGCGCCUCCCUUGGAUUUGCGAAGAGCUUGGCAUUGAUUAUGAGCUCAAACUGUACAAGAGAGCACCACUUCUGGCUCCACCGGAGUACAAGGCCCUCCAUCCCAUGGGAUCGGCACCUGUCAUCCAGGAUGGCGACGUGACCUUGGCUGAGAGCUGCGCCUGCAUCGAGGACAUAUGCCACAAGUACGGCCAGGGAAGACUCUUCUUGCACAGUUCCGACCCUGAAUACGCAGACUUCUUGUACUGGUGGCACUGGGUUGAUGGCUCCUUUACUUCCACUCUCAGCCAAGCUGUCGUGCCGAAGUCAGACAAGCCUGUAGAUAACAGCCUCUUGGCUCGUUAUAAGACGGAACGUUACAAGAACGCCAUACAAAUGCUGGAAGACAGGCUCGGCAAAAAUACAUGGCUGGCAGGAUCACAGUUCACCGCGGCGGACGUUAUGCUCGUUUUUCACCUCACAACUCUUCGCUACUUUUACCCAUUUGAGUUGGGCGCCUAUCCCAAUAUUCUUAGCUAUCUGGCGAGAAUCGGAGCAAGGCCUGCGUAUCAAGCCGCAAUGAAGAAAUGCGACCCGGAGAUGGAACUUGUUCUGGGGGCAAGCCCACCGAAAAGUGAUAAGGUGCUUUGA